AUGGGCCUGAGUAGGCUACUACAUUCAGACAUGGCGGGAGAAACGGUGGAGCAGGCUACUGAUAGAGAGCAAGAAGAAGCAUAUUUUUGUAGAGAAAGGAUGAAAUGCACAACAGAAGAGGAGACAAUACUCGAAAGGCAACACUUUUGGAAAGUGAUUGAUGGGUUUAGAUACUACAGGAUGCAUGUUCAGGAACGGGUGAAUCGAGCAGAGCAUCAGUUCCGGAGUCUUCCGGAGCAUCAUCAUCAGCUGCCACUGCCCAGGGUCCUGCCCAACCUGGCCCGUAUCCGGCGCAGUGUGGACCACAACCAGGACGUGCUGCAUGCCAUCAUGCUCGACUGUGUCCACAUGUUUGAGAACAUGCAGUAUGGCGAAGAGGUGGAGAGAGAGUCUGUCCCCACCACCUACACUAAGAAUUAUCAGUCCAUGCUGAAGUACCUGUAUGACUGUGUUUUCUUCGUGGCACGGAAACCUGACCAUCUGAAUGCCAACGGGCUCCAGGUGGUCUACGAGAACAGACUGGAAGCGUUGCCACGGCGAGAGAGCUGUGGCAAUCUAACGUGACAUUACAGCGCAACGACCGAUUGGCUGCCGUCGAGAGCAUAAAAAAAAAAAAGAGUAAGAUGACAGAAACACAAGACAAUGGAAAGAUUUGCUUUAAAUGUGCUUAUUUUCUAUAUCUCAUUGCCGGGAACUCCCCGAUCACCUUAUGUCCAAGCCUUUGAGAUUGAGACGGACACCUAUAAUGGACUGAAAUGACUACAUCAUUCAGCCCUUGGACUGUUUGUCUUCAGUUAGAUGUAAGGUGACGUCUCCAUGCUGACCUGAUGUGGUUGCAUGCGUGUUAGACCCGCCUCUACAGCUUCCCAAUGUAUUUAUUUUGUAAAAUACAGUGACCAACUCUGGCUAUUUAUAGUACUUUCUCACUGGGAAAAGUCAGUUGCUGGAGUUGGUAAUACUGAGGAUCGGACAAAGUUGUAUGAUUUGAAUUUCAGCAUUAUAAACUGGAUCUAGCUACUGCCUCACGUAACAAUAAAGGAAAACACCAUUUAA